GCAUAUAAGCCGCGCCGAGCCCUUCCGAGCAUAGUCUGCUGCUAACCCUCCACACACCGACAAUAUGAAGGCUGCUCUGUGUGUUCUCCUGCUGGCCACGGCCGUCGUCUACGGCGCAGAAGAGAAGAAGAACGAGAAACGCGGCGUCCUCGGGCUGGGCUACGGGCUGGGCCACAGCGCGCCGCUGGUCAGCGCCGGCGUCUACGGCGGCCACGGCCUGGGCCUCUACAACCACGGCGUGGGCCUGGGCUACGGACACGGCCUCGGCUACGGACACAGCCUCGGCCUCGGCUACGGACACGGUCUUGGCCUCGGCCAUGGCUACUACGGCCACGGAAUCGCCUCCGCGCCCCUACUCAGCCACAGCGUGGCCUACAGCGCCCCCGUGCACUACGGAGCACCACUGCUGGGCUUGGGGCAUGGCUGGCAUUGAGGGUUAACAUGACAAUUGGAUGUUAGUGCCAAAUUAGUAAGCUUAGAGCGCUUGGUGUGUAAUAUUUUUAAUUAUACUGAUAAAAGUUA